AUGAACGCAUAAAAUGACCAAGAAAAGUUGGGUUAAGAUGAUUAAGGUUUAGGAGAAGUAUUUGUACCAGCUUAGGUUGUAAAAAAUUUUAAUCAAAUGGUUGCUGAACCUCAUCCUGUAUUUUUCACUUUAUAAUGUAGCUACAGUUACCAUCUGAUAGAUCAGGUUAAGCCCCCAUCAGAAAAUAAUGCCCAAAAUUAGGCUCCUCUGUUAACUGAUAAAUAGCAAGCUUAACCUUUAAUUAAGAAGCCUGAUCAAGCAGCCGAUGAAUCAAAAUAAUAACCAAGGCCUGUUUAAGGGUCUGCCAAUCAUAGUUAAGAUGACAUCUCUGUUAAGAGUUCAGGAGGAGGCACUAAAUCUCCUCAUCAUUCAUGUACAUGUGUUAUUAAUUUAUAAGAAACCCAAUAGAAACGCAUUAAAAGAAUGAACAGUAGAGUUAAGAGUCGACUCUCUUAAUAAAAGCAGUAGUCAGAUAUAUCAAAAAGGAUACUGAAAAUUACAGAAAACACCAUAUUCUCAAUAGUCAUGGCCAUAGUCACUAUAUAUGCUCUAUUUGGAGAUGAUAUCAGAAUAUUGUCAGUGGAUAAGUAAGGAGAUGAUGUCUUUUUUGUACUAACUGUUAUAUGCAUGGUUGCAUUUAUAAUAGAAAUUACCCUAACCAGUAUUGCUAAACCAGAAUAUAUUUUGAAUUUUUAUUUUAUCUUGGAUGUUAUUUCUACAUUAACAAUGAUUUUAGAUUUAGGUUGGAUAACUGAUACUUGGUAUUCUGGAGAUUUAACAAGUGCUUCAUAGAUUAAGUCUAUUGGUACUGCAUCUAGAGCUGCAAGAAAGGCUGCUAGGGUUAUAAGAGUUAUAAGACUUGUCAGAUUGGUUAAACUCUAUAAGCAUGCUCGUUAGUAAAUGGAAAGGGAAUAAUAAAAAAAGUUACUUCAAGAACUUUUAAGACAAGCUUAAUAAAGUAAGAGUCAAGACUAAUAAAUAAUAAUAAUAAUAACAAUAAUAAUCAUAAUAAUAAUAAUAAUAAUAUAAAAUUUGUCCAUCUAAUAAAUAAUACCAUAAAAUGAUGAAUCCAGAAAUAAUUCUCAAAAUGAUAUUGAAGCUGCCAAAACACCAGAUAGAAGUUCUAACUCUCAAUUAAAAUCAUCUUAAGUUUCUUCUUAGGCAGAAAAUUAAAUUAAAGAAUCUAUUGUAGGAGCUUAAUUAUCAGAUCUUGUUAUGAGAAGAGUAAUUACAAUCAUUUUAGCUAUCUUAAUAAGUAUUCCUGUUCUUUCCUUAGAUACUUAUUAAGAAACAAUCAGUAGCUACGAUUCAGGAAUUUAUAGAAUUUUUUAAUUCAAAGACAACUCUGAGGUAAUGAAAUCCCUUUUGUAUCAAUACUCUCAAUUCCAUAUAGGGGAGAUUUAUCCAAUUUAUAGUGUGAAUGUGAAUUUAAAAGGAGGCAGCAAUACAGAUCUUGAUGAAUGGAGUUAUAACACUAAUCCAGAAAUCUUUGAAGUGCCUGCCUAUGAAACAAAAGACUAAUAUAGAUUUUCAGAUUUGCAAUAUUAUGUUAAAUCUGAUGGAUCAUAUCUACAGAUUUACGCAUCAGCUGACUUGGUGGCCUAUAAUCAAACUAAUGCAAUAUUGUCCAUAUUUUAAACAAUCUUUGUGUGUAUAGUGCUGGCAGUAUCAGCCCUGAUGUUCAAUAAAGAUGUUUCUGAUUUGGUUAUAGAUCCAAUAGAAGGGAUGAUGUAGAAGAUAGAGAUGAUAGCAGCAAAUCCGCUUGAGGCAGUUAAUAUCGAAGAAUAGGAAGAUCUCAUUAUGGAGGAAUUAGAGAAAUCUUAGGAUGUGGAAAAGUUAAAGUAGAAAGAGAUUGAAAAACACAUGGAAACAUAUGUUCUUUAAAGAUUAAUAAUGAAGGUAGGUGCGUUGUUAGCUGUUGGGUUUGGUGAAGCAGGUUCAGAAAUUAUCGCUGAAAACAUUAAAAAAGGUGGUAGUGUCGAUCCCAUGAUACCCGGCAAGAAAAUAUUGGCAAUUUUUGGAUUUUGUGACAUAAGAAACUUUACUGAUGCAACUGAAGUUUUAUAAUAAGGAGUCAUGGUUUUUGUCAACGAAAUUGCUGAGAUUGUCCACUCGACCGUUGAUUCUAUGAGCGGAUCUGCUAAUAAAAAUAUCGGUGAUGCCUUUUUACUCGUUUGGAAAUAUUCUCCUAAUGACUAUCAUCCUGAUCCUGACAACCCUAGAAACUUAAAACUCAAGACCGACAGGUACAUUAAAUAGAAAGGAGACAUGGCAGUGAUGGCAUUUCUCAAAAUAAUCACAGCAAUCUCUAUCUCCAAAAAGCUUGAGAAGUAUAAGAAGCAUGAGGGACUCAAUGCAAGAAUGAAGGACUACUCAGUGAAAAUGGGAUUCGGUUUACAUAUGGGUUGGGGAAUUGAAGGAGCCAUAGGUUCUGGAUUUAAAAUUGAUGCCUCAUAUCUCAGUCCUAAUGUUAAUAUGGCAUCAAGAUUGGAAGCAGCAACAAAAUAAUUUGGAGCUCUUAUUCUCGUUAGUGGUAUUCUAAAGUAAUAUUUGACUGAUGAAUGUUAAAAGCAGAUGAGAAUGAUUGAUAUUGUUACAGUGAAAGGAAGUAUUGUUCCUCUAGAGCUACACACUGUGGAUAUGUCAAUCAAAAACUUAUAAGCAAAAAUCAAGAAUCUUAGAGAUAAAUUUGACGUUUCUUAAAUGACUUAAAAAGAUUCAAAAAAAUUUAGAGUUGUGAAUAGAUUCAAGAGAGAUCAAUAGAUGAAGCAAGUGAUGAACAAUUAGAUUAGUAUUACUGAUCUUUUUGAAAAGGAUGAUGAGUUGUCAGCUGCUAGAGAACCAUACACUUAAUAAUUUUACGAGACUUGGAAAUAAGGAUUUGAUUAAUACAUUAAAGGAAAUUGGGGUGAAGCCUAAUCCAUUUUCUAAAAGACAUUAACUAUGAUACCUGAACAUAAGGAUGGACCAUCCAAUACUCUUUUAGAGGUUAUUCAUUCUUGUGGCGGAAAAGCUCCCAAAGAUUGGAAAGGUUAUAGAGAGCUUACAGAAAAAUGA